GAAGAGCUUCCCAGCAGAAGGCACAACAAUGGAAACGCUACCGGUCCUAUACAAAAAAAAUGUAUUCUUUUCUGUUGGUUCUUCAGUAAAAAUCAACGGGACACCUAUCAUGCCUUUCUGUAUGAGCCCAGAGCUGCAGGUGGAUUUCCACACUGGAACUAAUGAGGACUCAGACAUCGCCUUCAGUCUCCGAGUGUACUUUGGCAAAGAGCUGGUGAUGAACAGCCGUAAGAAUGGGUCCUGGGAAGAAGAAGUGAGAUCCACUGAUAAGCCCUUUAGGGAUGGCCAACCCUUUGAACUGGACAUCUCUGUGCUGUCAGACCAGUACCAGGUAACAGUAAGUGGUGGCCAA